AUGACGACCACCUUCAUCAAUGGCCGAAUCCUCUCGUCCGAGCAAGAAGAUACCUUUCUUACUACCAUGGUGAUCAAAGGUGAACUUAUCACUUACAUCGGCUCCGAGGACGACGAGCAAGUCUUCCAAGCCCAGGCAGAAGGACCCACAGUCAACUUGAAUAACCGCAUCGUUCUUCCGGGAUUUAUUGAUGGCCACGUGCAUAUCCUGAACUUUGGCCUUUCCCUGCAAAAGCUAGAUCUUCUACCGUGCCAAUCGCUUUCGGAGAUUCGCCAAGCUAUCGCUGUUUAUGCAGCCACACAUCCAUCCGAGCCCCGCAUUCUGUGUCGGGGAUGGAUCCAAUCGGUGACAGACGGCAAAGGCCUUGCCACAGCUUUGGACGACCUAGAUCUACGGCCGAUCUACAUCGAGGCCUUGGAUCUUCACUCCACAUGGUGCAAUACUGCGGCCCUGAUCGAGUUGAAUGUUCACUCUAGCGCGGAUCCCCCAGGUGGUAAGAUACAUCGCCAUCGGGAUGGGACUGCAUCUGGGCUUUUGGACGAAGCGGCUCAGUUUAACAUUGUUUGGCCAUUUCUCGAUCGGAUCGCCUCGCUAGAACAAAAGCUCGCUGCAGUUGAUGCUGGAUUCGCCGCUCAGCGACGCGCUGGAUACACAGGACUGGUGGAUAUGGCUAUGAAGGAGGAGGACUGGGAAGUGCUGAAUGCUUAUCGGGAGAGGCAUGGCAAGUUUCCAUUGCACAUAGCCGCACACUGGUUGGUUCCUUUUUCAACAGACAGUACCGAGAUCAAUAAUCACAUCGACCGGGCAAUCGCGCUGCAUCGCGAUUUUAACCGCACAAGCAGUCCCGAGCUUUGUAUCAACGGAAUCAAGUUGCUGUGUGACGGGACAAUUGAUGGGUGCACAGCAUCCCUUCACCAAUCCUACGGCGAUCUUCUCCACCCAGUCGACCCAAUCUGGCCUGCGGAUAGCCUCUUGGCCUCUUUGCACCGAGCUGCCAGAGCUGGGCUACAAUGUGCGAUACAUGCUAUUGGGGAUCGAGCGGUUCAACAAUCGAUUGACUGUCUAUCUCAACUUCCAAACCUUCAUUUGAGUCGUCACCGCAUCGAACAUCUGGAAAUUACCACAACGGAAGACGCGAAAAGACUCGGUCAGUUGGGCAUAGUCGCCUCGGUUCAACCGGUACACCUGGAUCCGAUGACCUUUGGAGAUUGGCCAGAGAUGCUAGGCUCGAAACGUUGCGAACGAGCAUUUGCUUACCGAGAAUUUGUUGAUGGCGGGGCACCCUUGAGUUUCGGAACUGAUGCGCCCACAGCAAGCCAUCACGCAUUGCCUAACCUCUACAUUGCGGCGACUCGUCGAUCAGCUCUUAGUCCAGAAAUGGCCGACAGAAUCAACCCCGAGCAAGCGGUGUCUUUUGCCACCGCUGUUUCGGCGGCAACGUCCGGGGCUGCCUAUGCAUCAUUUGCGAAUGAGUUUACUGGAAGUCUAAGUCCCGGGUUAAAUGCUGAUUUUGUAGUCCUUGACAUGCAAUGGACACCAGAAAAGCUGCUGGAGGCCCGAGUUUGCGAAACCUGGUACAGAGGAGAAAAGACGUUUGAUGGGAAGCCAGACAUCUCAUCAUUUCAAUCCACUUGA